AUGAAGGCAGUAGGAACUGAUGAUGAUGGAAAACCAGACACCUGUAAUAUGUUUAAGUGUGUAAUUAAAUGUUUUGGACGUGGCGCCUAUUGUAUUGAUGGCAAAUGCAAAUGCGGCCCGUGGCAGUCGCCGACGAUCAACAAGCCUGCCAGGAAAGACGUAGUCGGAACCAGAGAGAUUCCGGCGACAAAACUGAACUGA